UUCAACCUUUAGGUGAUUUUCGCUAUGUCCUGAUAUAUCAUGACAGUGAGUUGGUAAACUGAAGGCAUUGUGGUUUUGCUGAACCUUCAAAGUGUAUAUUAGCUAAAGUUACGGUAGCACACCGUGAUUUUGUCAAAUUUACCAGAGGUCCAAAUAUGCACACAUCUUUUACACUGACAAUUGUGUCCUUUUCUCACCACACACAAGAUUCAAUGGUGCCUUAAAAAUCUACUGUUUUCUUCACAUCUGAACUAAGAAGCUUUAUAGUCCUCCUCGUCACUUGUGAAAACAAUUGAUUCAUAAAUCUUAUGACCGUGUCAUUACUUUUGUACGCUGAAUAGAAGGAAUGGUUGAAACCACUUCAAGUGCCGUCAACUAUUUUUAUUGUACUCAAUUUGUGCAUACUAUAGGAACAUUUGGCUUUUGAGGUCAAUAAGUAAGAGACCAACACGUACAGUGUCUAUCUCAUGGACCUCAUAUAUUCUAUGAAUUUUAACCACAUGUCUCGAUAAGACCUAUCCAAAAACCUUGAUUAGAAAAAAUCAAAUAAAGACAACAAAUAUGUACACAGUUCCACUGUCAUCAAAAUUUUGAGUCACCCUUUUAUCAGAAAACUUGAAAGAACAACGUGCGAGGUGUCACCACCAUGAUCCUCUACCCUGUUUCAUUAUUCUGUAUUUAAGCUUGAAUGUUAUUAUGAUAACUAAGCUAGUGCAUCCAUCAAUGAAUGAUUCUCCUCUGGUUUGUAGAACCAUGAACAUCAUGAAACUUCAAAGAUUUGGACCGGUUAGUAAUCGUUCAUGGAUAAAGACUUCAAGAUUUGGUGAGAAGCCAUUAUGGUUUAGACCCAUUACUAUCAUUAAAGUUGCAGAACAAUCUUCUGGCUAUGGCUUAGUUGAAGAUGAAGCACUUGGACAGAAGAAAAGAGAGCUUUACCAGGCUCUGGAAGGAAUCAACAGAGGGAUAUUUGGAAUUCCAUCCGGCAAGAAGUUAGAAAUUGAAACUUUGGUGAAGCAGCUAGAAUCUCAAAAUCCAACUCCAGAACCAACACUAGAACUAGAGAAGGUGGAUGGGUGUUGGAGGCUUGUUUAUAGCACUAUCUCAAUUUUGGGAUCAAGAAGGACAAAGUUAGGCCUAAGAGACUUUAUCGCAUUGGGUGAUUUCUUUCAGAUUAUUGAUAAAACCAAGAGCAAAGCGGUGAACGUGAUCAAGUUCAAUGCAAAAGGGUUGAUAUUGUUGUGUGGAGAGCUUAGUAUUGAGGCCUCAUUCAAGAUUGCUUCCAGAACAAGGGUUGACAUUAAUUUUGAAAAUUCUACAAUCACUCCUGAUCAGUUGAUGAAUGUGUUUCGGAAAAAUUAUGAUAUUUUGUUGGGCAUCUUCAAUCCAGAGGGAUGGCUAGAAAUCACAUAUGUUGAUGACAAAAUGAGAAUAGGAAGGGAUGACAAAGGCAAUAUCUUUGUGUUGGAAAGAUUUGAAGAUAAUAGCAACUCGUAGCCGUUCUUUUUUGUUUUCAACAUGGUCAGACACUAAUUGUAGACACUUUUAUCAGCUGGGACUCGAAGUUUGGUUGGACAGAGUGGGAAAGUAUCCCCUUCCGGUCGAUACAACAACCCAAGUUGGUAACUUGUAGCCAUUGUGUUGGCCCAUGAUUCAUUCUGGAAGUAUUACACAAAUUAUGCAAAGAAAUUGCAAUGAUGCAUAAUACUCACCGACUGCAGUGCAGUUGCAUAGAUGUCUGUCAGUCAUUAUGUUUUUAUUCAUUUGUCUCUAAAUUUAUUUUCAUUUAUUAAUUUAAUGAAAGACAAUAAAAUGUAAUUACUUGUAUUACUUAGCAAAAAUAAAGAAGGUUCUUUAGCAGAA